AUAUAGUGACACGGAUUUUUCUCCUCAUUCCCGCCUCUGAAAAGGAAGAAGUCAUUAGAGAAAACGAGUCUCGAUUAUAUAUACACGUCCCAUCUCUAUCGUGUGCAUCGGUCUUCUGCCCAUCCGACGACCUUGGAACGACCAGCGGGGACUCGAGAGAGGUUUCGCCUUGGGUAAUCGGUGCCGCGGACUUCGAAAACUAGGCCUGCGCCCGCGAUGACGUCGCCGCGUCGCAUCGCACAAGUCUUUGCGUAUAUGUAUAUGCGUACCCUUCUACAGAGGUACCGAGAGCAGUGGUUUUUCAACCGGUAUACGUGAAACUGCAACUGUAUCUCGGUAUUCUUCUGAAAAUGUCAUUCCCACGAGCCGACUCGACUACAAAAGCCACCUAAAUCUACAAAUCUAUCCUUCUGAAGACCUUUCGCGGCUAAUUUCGACAGUCCACGGGAAUUGGUGCUAAAAGAGAGAUUCCUUUUGUUCAUUGCGACAGUUUUGAAUUCGAGGCAUCAUUCGAUCCUUAAUACCAAUCGAUCGAUGUUAGAAACCCAUGUCCCAUUCAACCGAGGUGUCAGAAGAUGUCCCGUCUAUUUUCCAUUUUCUCUUUUGCAAAAAAAAAAAAAAAAAAAAAAAAGCGAUUGAAGAACACUGACGUAGAGGCCGACGACGUCGUAUAGACCGGAGAGGAGACGUCGAGGGGACGAGGUACGGAAAGAAGGAGAAGGAGGUGCAGACGGAGGUGCGCGCGGUAACGAAACAAAUAGGCCGGCGACUUUCACCAAGCCGCGACCAAGAGCGACCGUGUGCUGGCGGAGGCGCGCUCGCAGUCAGACCCAACAGUCAGGAGAGGCGACCGACUGUUCUCGGAGGCCCCUCUUCGUCGAUCGAUCGCGUCCUCCAUCGGCGCUUCUCGCGGCCCGAUUUUCCAGAUCUCUACCGCAAAGUAUUAUAGUGUGCCUGGGCCGAUCGUUCGGUGGAGAAAGGUCAACUAGCACUGGAGACCCCCUUUCGUGAUCGGUAUAUCUGGGGUAGCUGAAAGUGACACUUUGGGUCUCGAUCAGGUGGUACCAAUUCGCACUUUAGUCACCUCCAGCCUCCGAAGCGCCUUCGGAGAGCAAUCCCAGAUUUUGUAUGGCGGUCAGUGCACUCUCUUGCUCAUCCUGUUGACGGACGGUACCAGCGAAAUGUGUCUCCGAGGAUAUCAUUGAGUUGGGGUGAACGAAGAAGCUACGUGGCAGAGAAAUGCGUAGGGGGCGUAGAUCCGAGGGCGAGACCAAGUGAUCACUUCAAGAUGACGAGACGACGACGGUCGGUCCGUGGUAGCCUGCCUCUCCGCGCGAUCAUUUGGACACUUUGGAUCGUGUUACCUGCUGGAACCGAUGCGGGACAUAAUUAUGCGGAUAACAAACAGAGGUACGAUGGAUUUUACAACAAUUUAGCACAUCCUGAUUGGGGAGCAAUCGACAGUAAGCUCAUCCGUAAAGUCCCUGCGGCGUAUUCUGACGGUGUUUACGCGAUGGCUGGCCAAGACAGACCAUCCCCUCGAAAGCUCAGCGAUCUGUUCAUGCAGGGUGACGAUGGUCUGCCGUCUGUGAAAAAUCGGACCGCAUUAUUCGCCUUUUUCGGACAGCUGGUCACGUCGGAGAUAAUCAUGGCCAGCGAAAGUGGUUGCCCCAUAGAAUUUCAUCGGAUCGAUGUGGACAAAUGCGAUCCGGUUUUUGACAAGGAGUGCCAAGGUAACAAGUACAUUCCAUUCCUUCGAGCGGAUUACGACCGUCAAACCGGACGCAGCCCCAACAGUCCACGUGAACAGAUAAAUAAAGUGACGAGCUGGAUCGACGGUAGCUUCGUCUAUUCGAGCAGCGAGGCCUGGGCGAACACGAUGCGGGCAUUCAAGAACGGGAGUCUUCUCAUGGAACAGACGAGGCAAUUUCCUGUAAGGAACACCAUGCGUGCGCCCCUCUUUAACCACGCGGUGCCUCAUGUCAUGCGAAUGCUCAGCCCGGAGCGUCUGUAUCUGCUCGGAGAUCCAAGAACGAAUCAGCACCCGCCGCUAUUGGCUCUGGGAAUCUUGUUCUAUCGGUACCACAAUGUCAUAGCCGUUCACGUGCAGAGGGAACAUCCCAACAUGUCCGACGAAGAGGUCUUUCAAAAAACGCGUCGGAUAGUCAUCGGGACAAUUCAGAACAUAAUUCUUUACGAGUAUCUUCCGGCAUUGCUAAAUGAAGAUUUACCAUCGUACAGCGGUUAUAAACCAGAUCUACAUCCGGGUAUUAGUCACAUAUUCCAAAGUGCAGCUUUUCGCUUUGGUCAUACUCUUAUACCACCGGGAAUAUAUCGGCGAGAUGAAAAAUGUGAAUACAGAAGGACCAAUACAGGCCAGCCAGCCAUUAGAUUAUGUUCUACAUGGUGGGACUCAAAUGAAGUUUUAGCUAACAGCACGAUCGAAGAACUGAUCAUGGGUAUGGCAUCGCAAUUGGCGGAGAAAGAGGACAAUCUUCUCAGUACCGACAUCCGGAACAAUCUGUUCGGUCCCAUGGAGUUCUCACGCAGGGACCUGGGUGCCCUAAACAUCAUGCGGGGUCGGGACAACGGUCUGCCGGAUUAUAACACAGCCAGGGUGCACUUCAAGCUGCCCAGACGGAAAACGUGGAACGAAAUUAAUCCCGAGUUGUUCAACAAGAAUCCGUCGCUGCUGCGGACCCUCGUCGAGAUCUACUCGAACAAUCUCAACAACGUCGACGUCUACGUCGGCGGGAUGCUCGAGUCCAAGGGUGGACCUGGUGAGCUUUUCACCGCGGUUAUAAAGGAGCAAUUUCUCCGUUUGCGGGAUUCCGAUCGCUUCUGGUUCGAGAAUGAAGAAAAUGGAGUUUUUACGAAAAACGAGAUACAGGACAUCCGUCGUACCACGCUCUGGGAUGUGGUCACAAACGCGACUGACAUAUCUUUCAACGCGAUACAGAAACAAGUAUUCAUUUGGCAGGACGGCGAUCCGUGUCCUCAACCCUUUCAGUUGAAUUCGACGAUGCUCGAACCCUGUGUACCCCUGCAACGUUAUGAUUAUUUUGAGGGUAGCGAACUCGUUUACAUCUAUGCUUGCGUAUUCCUCGGAUUCGUCCCGAUUCUUUGCGCCGGUGCUGGAUACGGAUUAGUGAAGUUGCAAAACAGACGUCGUCGGAGAUUGAAAAUACUUCAAGAGGCUAUUCAGAAGCGAAGCGACGGUCGGAUCUGUGUCGAUAAGAUGAUUGUACGCGAGUGGUUACACGCGAACCAUCGCCGUCUCGUGAAGGUGAAAUUCGGACCGGAAGCGGCAUUGCACAUCGUCGAUCGAAAAGGGGAGAAACUGCGCACGUUCGACUUCAGCGGCGUUAACACGAUAACUAUGGAGGAAUCGCAGGAGAGCGAAACCGGACAUCGUAAAGCCCUAGUGCUAUUACGUAUACCGCGCGAUUACGACCUUGUCCUUGAACUCGAUUCGCUGGCUUCGCGUAGAAAGUUCAUUGCGAAAUUGGAGGCGUUUCUGGCGUCACAAAAAAAGCAUUUCACACUUACGCCAAUCGCGCGAGAUAUCAUGCUGGCAAAAGCGGAAACCAAGGAGCGCCGACAAAAAAAGCUUGAACAGUUCUUCAGAGAAGCCUAUGCUCUGACUUUCGGCUUACGACCUGGCGAACGAAGACGACGAUCCGAAGACAGCGAUACCGGAGAAGUCGUCACUGUGAUGCGCACGUCGCUCUCCAAGAGCGAAUUUGCAAGUGCUCUAGGUAUGAGACCCGAUGCAGUCUUCGUGAAAAAGAUGUUCAACAUCGUCGACAAAGACGGCGACGGCCGGAUUUCCUUCCAGGAAUUCUUGGACACGGUCCUGCUGUUCUCGAGUGGCAAAACUGAGGACAAAUUGCGGAUUAUUUUCGACAUGUGCGACAAAGACAGCAACGGCGUAAUCGACAAGGAAGAACUGUCAGAGAUGUUAAGAUCGCUGGUCGAAAUAGCGAGAACCACGAGUCUCUCGGACGAUCACGUUACGGAACUAAUCGACGGCAUGUUUCAGGAUGCCGGACUCGAGCGGAAGGAUUAUCUCACGUACAACGACUUCAAGCUGAUGAUGAAGGAGUACAAGGGUGACUUCGUCGCGAUCGGUCUCGAUUGCAAAGGCGCCAAACAAAAUUUUCUCGACACCUCGACGAACGUCGCUCGUAUGACCAGCUUCCACAUCGACCAGCUACCACUAGAGGAUUCAAAGAGCUGGACACGGAAGCAGUGGGACGCUAUAUCGACCUUCCUCGAGGAGAACAGGCAGAAUAUAUUCUACCUCUUCGUGUUUUACGUAGUUACUGUGGCUCUUUUCAUCGAAAGAUUUAUCCAUUACUCAUUCAUGACGGAACACACGGAUCUGAGGCAUAUAAUGGGCGUAGGAAUUGCCAUAACGAGAGGAUCAGCUGCAGCUCUAUCCUUUUGCUACAGCCUCCUGCUGCUGACGAUGUCGCGUAAUUUAUUAACGAAACUGAAGGAAUUUUCGAUCCAGCAGUACAUCCCCCUAGACUCGCACAUACAAUUCCAUAAGAUCGCGGCGUGCACGGCACUUUUCUUCUCCGUCUUGCACACGGUCGGUCAUAUAGUCAAUUUUUAUCACGUUUCCACGCAGCCGAUAGCGCAUCUUCGCUGUCUCACCAGCGAGAUCAGCUUCCCCAGCGAUGCGCGGCCUACCAUCUCCUUUUGGCUGUUCAGAACAGUGACUGGUUUAAGCGGCAUUCUUCUCUUCAUCGUCAUGACGAUUAUCUUUGUCUUCGCACAUCCGACCAUUCGACAAAAAGCCUACAAAUUCUUUUGGUCGACGCACAGUCUCUAUGUGGUCCUAUACGCAUUGUGUCUGAUCCAUGGUCUGGCUCGUUUGACAGGCGCACCACGAUUCUGGAUAUUCUUCGUCGGCCCGGCGAUCAUUUACGCGCUGGAUAAAGUCGUGAGCUUGCGAACUAAAUACAUGGCCCUCGACAUCAUCGAGACGGAAUUGUUACCCUCGGACGUGAUAAAGAUCAAGUUCUACAGACCUCCGAACUUGAAGUACUUAUCGGGACAGUGGGUACGUCUCGCCUGCACCGCUUUCAGGUCCAACGAGUUUCAUUCCUUCACCCUGACCUCGGCACCGCACGAGAAUUUUCUGUCGUGCCAUAUAAAAGCGCAGGGCCCGUGGACGUGGAAGCUGCGGAAUUAUUUUGAUCCCUGCAAUUACAGUCCGGAGGACGAGCGUCCGAAGAUCCGCAUCGAGGGCCCGUUUGGCGGCGGAAACCAAGAUUGGUACAAGUUCGAGGUCGCGGUGAUGGUCGGGGGUGGCAUUGGAGUCACCCCCUACGCCUCGAUGCUCAACGACCUUGUGUUUGGAACGUCCACCAACAGAUAUUCGGGGGUGGCGUGUAAGAAGGUCUAUUUUCUAUGGAUUUGCCCGUCGCACAAGCAUUUCGAGUGGUUCAUUGACGUUCUCAGAGAUGUUGAGAGAAAAGAUGUUACAGACGUACUUGAAAUUCAUAUAUUCAUUACGCAAUUCUUUCACAAGUUCGACUUGCGUACUACUAUGCUGUACAUAUGUGAGAAUCAUUUUCAGAGGCUAUCGAAGAAGAGUAUAUUUACCGGACUCAAGGCCAUAAAUCACUUCGGUCGGCCAGACAUGACGUCGUUCCUGAAAUUUGUUCAGAAGAAACACAGCUACGUUAGUAAAAUAGGAGUAUUUAGCUGUGGACCACGUCCUCUGACGAAAAGCGUCAUGUCGGCCUGCGACGAAGUUAACAAAACUCGGCGCUUGCCGUAUUUUAUUCAUCACUUCGAAAACUUUGGCUAGUCAAGGUAUAUCGCUGCCCCCGUUCGCGUGAAAUAUUGAAUGGACUGUCCAUAUAAUUCGACAAUAUUUCGCGCGGAUCUCGUCUAUUUUAUAAAAUGUACAUAUUUAUGCGCUAAAACGCGCCGCUUUUUAUUAUUUAUGAAUUAAUAUGCGAGUAAUAUUACAUCUCUUAUUUAUGAACAAGAAAAAGAAGAUAGAUAUCCUUUCCUUCCCUAUUUUCUUUUCUUGAAACUAUUCCGAAGAAUUUAAUUUA